AUGGCCGCGGUGCAGUUGGAACCAGCCGCGCACCAGAUGCCCGGCUCCCUCGCGGAAGCUCGCACGGGGACGCCGCGCGGCGACGGUCAGGGCUCCGGGGCACCAGCCCGCCAUGACCUGCCGCAGAUCCGUACCUCAGCCGGGGGGCUUCUGAGCCGAGCGAUAGCCGCAGCCAAGCCGGCGAACGCACAGCAUGCCCUGCAGGAUUUUCGCGACAACAUCUACGCUCGCUCCGCACGGGCUCCUCUGGAUGCAAGAUGGACUACAUGGUGCAAGAUUUGUUCUGCUUGGGAACAAGAACCCAUCCCGCUGACUCCCGAGCUGAUCGAGAUGGUUGGCGCAAGCUUCCGUUUCGGGGGGUAUCGCAGCUCCGCGCAAUACUUCUCCCGAGCCCGCAAGGAACACAUUCGGGUGACCGGAAUGCCGGCACCGGCCGCCGUUGAGUUGGCGAUUCGGGACGCUAUCCGCUCCAUCGAAAGAGGCAUGGGGGCCAACGCCGCUAAGGACGCCUUCCGCCUCGAUGUCUUGGACUUCGACCUCACCUCCAAGGGCGCGAGCUUCUCGCUGGCACAUGGCAUGGUGGUUUUGGGAUCUUGGUUCCUAUGUCGGGAAAUCGAGCUCGCCAAUCUCCGUGUGAAACACAUGGCAGUGGACACCACCGCCAAACAAGUCACGCUGGCGCUGGCCUCGAGCAAAACCGAUACAGUUGGCAGCCUGGUGCAUCGCAAGCACUCUUGCUACUGUGGUGUGGUUCCUGAGAACAUAUGCCCUUACCACGCAGCGCUGCGCAUCGCCGAUGAGUGCUCCGUGGACCCAGAGGACUUUCUCUUCUCACCGACACCGGGCGUUCCGCUCAGCAAGCACCAGACCAUCGAGCUCAUCCAUGAUGUUUUGCAGUCAGCCGGGAUCAACCUCUCCAGACCAGGCGCCCCGGACGAGCCCGACGUGCAGGGCUUUGGGGGUCACUGCCUCAGGGUGUCGGGCGCGCAACAUCUGUGCCGCAUGCGCAUACCUGUGUCGACCAUCAUGCUCCUUGGGAGAUGGGGGAGCCGAGCAAUCGAACGCUACGUUCAGGAAACCGAGCUCGAGUACCUCUACCCGGUCGCGCCGUCUGCACCGCCUAUGACGCCAGCGCGUAGCCAGGCCAUCAUGGACACAGCCAAGGAGCCGGACUUACGACAGUGGACCUUGGUGCAGCCAUCGGCCGAGAUGCAGGAGCCGCCGGCCCAGGGGGCCAAGAAGCCCCGCACGGCCAGCAGCGCCAAGGAGGAUACGCAGAUUUCCUCGCUCCUGGGGACCCUCGACGGCAUAGCGGAAAGGCUCGAGGCGAUACAGGACCGACCGGACCUAGUCUGCAAGUCCAAGGCGCACGCUCGCGAUCCUGAGGAGUCAUCUCGCCCGCCAGUGCAAUGGCGUGCCAAGUGCGGUUGGGCGUACGGUUACGCCAAGUUCACCAGAGCCCACGACGACGGCUCCAAGGAAUUGUGUCGGAAGUGUUUUCCGGAGAGCUCCGCAGCCUCGACUGCUAAGUUGGAGCAUGCGCCAGCUCGGUCUGAGGCGCUGUUCUCUUCCGCGGGCGCAGCCGAGAGCCUCAGGAAGUACAUCACGAACAUCGGCGUGACGACCACUGCCAUUUUCGCCGAGCUCGGGGAGACGAUCGAGGAAUUCGACGAAGCAGUUGUCGCGCAGCUUCGCAAGCCUGUGGAUCUGCACGACGGGACCGUUUUGGAACUGGCCGCGACAGAGUUUCCAGUGGCACGCGCUCGCCUCAGGCACGUGUGGAAGAAGUGUCGGGAAGCACACACGACCGCGACGCCCGCAGCGACGGCCACCACCACGACGACUUCGUCUUCCUCCUCGACUAAGACGAAGGAGCUGCCUCCCGGAUACUGGCAGCAACAGAUCAAGAAAUACGAGGCAGUCCAGAUCAAGGGCAUCGCGAGGAGAUUUCCCGCGACGCUACUCCUCGGCGCCGAGGCGACGCUGGCUAAGCUCAUCGCCGACGCCAAGAACGGACAACACUGCUCGGUGCCGCUGGAAGAGAUCGUGCAGCACCGUCAUUUCAAGGCGUCGGGCGAGCCUAACAACCUCGCCUCCAAGAAGCGCUCUCGCACGCAGGAAGCGACGACUUUGGUCGUGAACGCAGACUUGCAGUUGGAGACGGAGCCCGAGGAUCGCUGGCACCCGCAGUCGCAGACGGCUCUCCUGGACUGCUUGACGGCCAACCACAUGGCGCUUAUAUUCAUCGAAUAUGCGCCCGAGCACGACUUGGACCGCUACUUUGAGUACUGGCAACGCCUGGUACGCAGCAAGCCCAACAAGAUCGAACAGUUGAAGCUCCACUGGGAAAACACAUCCUGGCGCAUAGCGCUUGCGCUUCGGAAAGCCACUCCCUUCAAGGAGAUCGCCGACGAGAUCAUCGUUGACAGCCAGGCCCUCCAGGACGCCAUGAACAGAGACAUUCAGCCCGAACGCCCGACCAAAGCGCCUCGCCAAACCGAGCAACCCUGGCUGGAUCGUCGCGGUGGCCGUGGUCGCGGACAUGGCAAAGGGAAGGAUUGGCAGCCCUACCGCUCGUACACCAAAGGGGGCGACAAAGGCAACGGCCGUGGAAGAGGCAAAGGUCGUGGACAGUGGCAAGGACAGCGCUACCAACGCCAGUACGACGAGGACAAGGACUACUGGCGCCGCAACGACGACAACCGCUACCGCGCCAACGACCAGAAGUACUGGAAGUCCUGGCAACAAGGUCGCCGCUCCCUCGCCGUCGUGAACAAGGACUUAGAGAGCUUGGGUGCCGAGCACUUCCCGCAAGUGACGCCUCGCGGAGACUUCGAGCAGGAGGACGCAGCAACCAUCCAGAAGCUUGUUGAAGAGCUCGACCCGUCCGGUCGAGCCCGCAUCGUGAUAGCGGGCGGACCACCUUGUCACGAUUUUUCUAGGAUCCGGCAAGACGCUCCUGGUCACGCCGGACACGAGGGCUCGAAAUUCACCCGCUUCGCCCAGCUCAUCCAGUCUGUAGAGAAGUCAUGGGGCUGCAGCCGCGCCAUCUUGCUCGUGGAAAAUGUGAUUCCGCAAAACAGGGCGGAUAUGAGGAAGGUGGAGCGCAUGCUGGACGCCCCGCGGUGGUACAUGAUGCUUCGGAUUUUGGGACGAUUUCCCGUCCCAGGGAUCCCGCGCGUGCACUUCGACGUGGACAAGGACACGCUGGACUCUUUCGACACCGAGGGCCUCACCCUGCCAAGGGUGCCUGACCGAGGCAAGAUCAGCUCGGAGGCAACACAACGCUGGCUCGCUGACAAGAGGCGCUACGCUCCGUGGCAUUACGAGUCAGGCGUCAUGAUGAUGGAUCGCUGGUCCGCAUCGCUCCCAGACCACGCCCGCCACAAAGCCAUCGCAAAUGGCUGGCACGCGGGCGCAGCAAGAUUGAUGUUCAUCAUGGCAGUGUUCGCAGCCACGCCGCCAACGCCAGCAGCAGAACUUAACCCCCUCGGGGGCACGCCUCUUGACAUCACAGCCGCGCUAUGGCAGGGCAAAUCCCCUUUGCUUGGACCAGGACCAGGUGACUACGACGAGUUCGACCUCUCACACUUGGAGGACCCCGACGAGCACUGGCGACAGUCACGCGUCAUGCCUCAUCCGGACGCGAGGGAUGCCGCGAUCGAGCCCGGUUUGAGGCAGUGGCUCCAAGUGUGGUCACGAAUGAGGCCACACCUCCCGGAGCUUCGCGACGCCGUGGCCCAACAGAUUGAGGACCUCGUCGACGACCUGCAGGAGGAAACGGAAGCCUGGUACUCUAGACUCGCGCCGCACGUCCAGAAGGCCUACCGCAGCGAGACUCGCACAUGCUCUUUGCAGCUUCCAGCUCUGGAAAAAGUGUGCAACCUCUUCGGCUGGCAGGACAGGGAUAUUUUCAAGGAGCUAACGCACGGGUUUCGUCUUCUAGGACCUCUCGCACCCGGAUUGGGUUGGAAGACACGCAAUGACCUUCGCUACGCCGACCCCAUGCCGAUAGACGAGUUCCUGCAGAAGAACGAGCUCUACGUCAGGGACAAGCUUCGCCGUUGUCGCGUUGACCCGUGCUGGGAAGCCAUGGCCCAAGAGAUCGCCGGCGACGUCACCAAGGGACGAAUGGAAGGCCCCUUCAGCAGCCCGGCAUCGUGGCCGAAGCAAGCAGUUCCCUUGACGACGUUCUCUCACACCAGCAAGCUGGCGCAGGGGCCAACAGCCCACAAGCCCACCUGUUUCGCCUUCGCUGUGCAUCAGGUUGGCUCCGACGGCAAGCCCAAAGUGAGGCGGGCAGAGGACUGGAGACGCUCCUUCGCCAACGCCACGGUCGGUGCAAAGGACAGCCCAACCUACCACGACAUUUCUGCCUACGUUCAGCUUGCCGUCGCCAUCAAGCAGAAGCACCCGCAAGCGCAGCUACUCAUAUGGGGCCUGGACCACGAGGCCGCCUAUCGCCAACUGGCGGCUGAAGACCCCGACCAUACAUGGGUCAUAUUGCCAACGCCACAUGGCAUUACCCUCUGGCGGCAUACAGUGCUGAUGUUUGGGUCGGUGGCUUCCGUAUGGGCCUACUGUCGCAUCGCCGACCUUAUGUCAUGGCUAUGCCGCGCUUGCCUGCUCACGCCAGCGCUGCAUUUCGUGGACGAUUUCGGGAGUUGCGAGAACGCCGACCUCGAACAACCGCCGCACACGACACAGGUGAUUCAGGGAGUCGAGAUCUCCGUGCACGACAGCUUCGUGAAGGUCAGUGGCACCGCUGCACGCAGACAACGCUUGGACGAGGACCUCGUGAGCAUCCUCAUGUCCAACAGGCUGCCACCCAACGAGGCAUCCAGCUUAGCGGGUCGGCUUCAGUUUUAUUGUCAGUCUCUUUUGGGCAAGUCGCACUCCGCCGCGCUCCGACCUUUGUUUCGCCGAGCACAGCUCACGGGCCAUGGCAGGGACAACCAACAGUGGAGCCUCAACAAGCAACUACUGCAUGGCAUCGGGAUUCUUCGUUGGAGCUUGAAGCACGCAGCGCCCAGGACGCUUCCCUUCGAGCCAGAGCCGCACUCGGUGGUGUACGCUGACGCCUUCUUCAACCUGUUCGACAAGGACUGGAAACCGGGCGAUGACGACAUCCCCAACUGGGGCAGGACUCCGCCCGAGACCUUGCGGAACGGAUGGGGCUUCGUGGCCACAAUUCGUGGUCGUACGCUCUACGCCAACGGCACC